AUGCGCGCUGUCUCGGCGCUCGCUACGGGCAUCCUCCUCGCAGCAGUAGCCCGCGCUACCGCCCUUACAUCGCUGCUUCUCGCCAACCAGCGCGCGUGCUUUUACGCAGAUGUCGACGGCAUUGGAGAGAAGAUUGGCUUCUACUUUGCCGUCCAGUCUGGUGGCUCGUUCGAGAUUGACUGGGUCGUCAUGGACCCCGACGACAAGAUUGUUGUCGAGGGCGACAACGAGCGUCAAGGCGACUUCAUCUUUACGGCCAAGAAGAUUGGAGAGUACUCGUUCUGCUUUGCCAACGAGGCUACUGCCACCGACAAGCUGGUCGACUUUGACAUCAUGGUUGAAUCCGAACCCCGCCGCGUCCUCUCAGCCCAGCAGGCCCCGUUGAAAGAGCACACCUCGGCGCUCGAAGAGUCGACGUACAAGCUCAACGGUCUGCUGAACAGCGUCACACGUACCCAAAAGUACUUCCACACCCGCCACCACCGUAAUUACUCCACUGUCAUCAGCACCCAGAGCAGGAUCUUCUGGUUGACCCUGGUGGAGUGUGUGGCUAUUAUCGGCAUGGGACUGGUGCAGAUCUGGAUUCUCAAGACGUUCUUCUCACGCUCCGGAAACAGGCGGUUCAAGGUGUAG